AAAAAGUGUGGGGAAUUUAACAUUUAAAGUAACUCUGCGCUGCAGGGAAAUAGCCGGAGUGCAUCAUACGGAGGUCUUGGCAGCUUUGAAUAUUUCCAAGCGCCUCCCUUUCUGUCUUCCUUUCUUGCUAUUAAAAAAUAGCGUCUGCUGAUAACGUUUGACGAUGGAAACGUGGGUUGUGGGAGUGGGGAUGAGUAAAUCCAAAUGGGUUUUUCCUCUUUGUGCUGAUGACCUGAGGGGAACCCCAUGAACCUCUUCUCUUUCCCUACAGUGAAACAGGGGUUCGGCUCCGGGGUGUGCUCGGGUCUCACUGGAGCGGAAAGCGUGUGGGCAGCCCCUCAGACCAGAGCAGCAUGGGGAAAAGCCGUCGCCUCUGCCGCCCCGUAAUACAACCCUGAAGUCUCUUCUGCAUCCUCAGCAGACGCCCGGCUCUUUGGGGGUGUGAAGGCCGAUAGCACGUGGCUCUUGGCAGGGAGGGGGGGUGACAGCUUUCCGAGCGGCGGCCGCGCAGCCCCGCGUACCCCCGAUGCUGACGGGGUUCCUUUCGCCGCUCUGUUUCAGGCUGGAUGCGGCCGGGCCAUGGCGCAGCUGGAGCUGCUGUGGGUGGCUGCCGCGCUGAUGCUGCUCGGGGCCACCGUCAGCCUCUGCCUCAAGUGCCAGCUCUCCGCCACGAAGCGAGAGAAGCAGCCGAGUGAGCGGAGGAGCCAGCUCGAAAGCCAGCAGAGUUUUGAGGUGAUUCGAUCCCAUUCCACUACAACCCAAAGGCUGGAACACAUUAAGGGACCUGAAAACUUAUCAAUAGCAAGGAAAACCACCGAGGUGCUCGGUGCCUCCCGCCACGCUGGAUACGGGAGCAGGACCGAGUCCAGGUAUCAGAAUUUCCUGACAGAGGACUGCCUGCGAGGGGACGCUGCCUACGUGGAGCCCAUCUUUCUGGAUUACUACAACUGUGCCGGGUUCUUCACACCACCCAACGAGAAAGAGGAGGAUUCCCAUUCCUAUCAAAACGUCAUCAUUGAGGUGUCUCACAGCUCCGAUCUGGUCACAGAUGACGCUGUAGACUAUGAGAACAGUGCAGCAAUACACAUAUGGAAACUCCAGGAAGCAGAAGCUCUGCAGACAGAAAGCCCGGAUGAUGAGCCAGACUAUGUCAACACAGCCCCUGCCCCUCUGUCAAAGCAGAGUAUUCUGCACAAAGUCUGAAGAAGUCCUUUGGUGAGCUGUAAGAGCACACCCAGCAAGCACGCGCACAGGGAGAGGGGGGACUUCAAUCCCUCAGUGAAAUCUCUUCUCCAAAUUGCGCCCAAGAUCACAUAGAAGGGGUGCCGCUGAAAGGAAGAAAUGCUCUGCUUUAAGUCCCGUGAAGUCCAACUGUAAACCUGCAGCUGGAGAAAGCACUCUGCCCGGCAGUGACCACAGGCAAGCCAAGAGAUCGUUAUCCCACCUCAUUUUCCUGCACAUCUACUUGAGGGAGGAUGGCCAGUCCGUGCAGUGUUUUCUCCUGUCAGGCAUGAAAUGAAUCAUUAAAUUGCUGAGCAGUAAUGCAGCCAGCUACUUUAUUUGUCAGGGUGACUCAUGCACGAUGGUAUUAAGACACAGGGAUUAUGUUCUGAUUUAGUUCCUAUGCUCUCCUACAGAAGUGGUUUCCUACAAGAGAGGAACUGGCAAGGCAAGAGGUUGCUUUUACAACAGCAGUGGUUCUCUGGAAUUAAAUGAGAUACCAACCUGUUCACAAAAGCUAAAAAGGAUUAAAUUCCACCUUAUCCACAGCUUGUAAUUCACAGUGUUUCUCUAUGGCAGUUUUCCUUGUGUUUCGGUAUCUCUGUUAUAAUGAUAGAAAGACCCUGCAACAACUGGGAAGGUCCGAUCCACAGCUGUCAGCCUCGGAAACUGCACCAGUCGUUCAGUAGUGCUGUAGGGAACAGCAGCCCUGAAACGUAACCCUUGUCUCUUGAGCCCUGAUGCACGGGUUUGGCACCAUUGUACCACUUAUUUAUUAAAAUUUAAAUGCAUCUAAAGAAAAUGCGGUGGUUUAUUACAGUUUGCUAUGA